AAGGGGUACAGGUGGGAAUGUCUUAGUAUUGUGUAUUGGUGUGGUUGUCCAUUGUUCACUGCCACCUGGUUGUCCAAUUGUUCUCUGCCAUGUGCUGUAUCCCAUUGUUCUGUGUCUUGGUUGGUGGGGGGUGUUUCUGUAGCCCUUCCCACUGAUGGGGCGGGCUGAUGAUGUGUUUCCCUCUACCUGGUUGUGUUUCCCCGCCCUGUGUAUAUAUCUUGUGUUUGUGUAAAAAUAAAGGAAAAGGGGUUGACUUCCUGUCUUAAGAAAAGUCUGGUGCUGUGUAUUUCCUGCAUGAUCAGCGGGUGGUGUCCGGGAUUUGUGUAAGGACAGGGAAGCUGCAGUAUAACGGAAAUACCCAAGUGCGGUCUGGGUCCGGUUCCGUUACAGUUAGUGACUAUGAAACCUCUU